AUGGGUAGCCGUAACGAUCCCAAUGAGAAUCCUACUGCAACCUCAAAUCCAUCGUCACUUCCCCCAGAAGGUACAACUGUUGAUAUCCCUAUUAAUAACACCAAGGAUUUGAAAGCUAUAGAAAAGGAACUCCAGGAUAAAGAAGCUGAACUGAAAAGGAGGGAAGAGGAGCUAAAGAAGAGGGAGGAGGCAAUUGCAAAAUCUGGAGUUGUUAUAGAGGAAAACAAUUGGCCACCUUUUUACCCUAUAAUCCAUCACAACAUAAAAUCCGAAAUUCCUAUCCAUUUACAGAAAGUACAAUAUGUUGCAUUUGGUUCAUGGCUAGGUAUCAUAGUAUGCCUUGUAUGGAAUCUUAUAGCAGUGUCUGUUGCCUGGUUCGAAGGAGAAGGUGUUACAAUCUGGCUAUGUGCUGUUAUCUACAUCAUAUUAGGAAUUCCAGGGUCAUACAUUUUAUGGUAUCGUCCUUUGUAUCGAGCCACUAGGAGCGAUAGCGCUGUAAAGUUUAGUUUCUUUCUCAUAACAUACAGCUUUCACGUCUUCUUUUGUGCUUUUGCUUCACUUGCUCCUCCUAUAUUCAUCGAAGGGAAAUCAAUCACAGGGAUUUUGCCAGCUUUUAAUCUUCUAGUAGGAAAUGCUAUGCUUGGGGGUAUCUACCUCAUUGGAUUUGGAUUUUUUUUCAUUGAAACAGCAAUCAGCAUCUGGGUUAUUCAGCAAGUUUAUUCAUACUUCCGUGGUAGUGGAAAAGCUGCAGAGAUGAAACGUGAGGCUACAAGGUCAACUAUGAUGGCAGCAUUAUGACAUGCAUGAUCGAAGAAAAACACUUUUCAAGAACUCUUAACACAUGUGUAUAUAUAGUUAGAUGCUAAGUUAGUUUCAUUUUUUAAUUUAUUUGUUGCAAAGAUUUAAUAUCUUGAUGGUAAUUUUGGGUCUUAGAACUUGUAUUCUACCGUAUGUUUAUACAGUUAAAUGUAGAGCUCUUUGUAAUUAUUGAAACCCAAGGUAAAG